CGGCGUCUGAAGCGAGGUCCGCGGAGCUGCGAGGCGGCUGCGUAUGGGAGGAGGCGCCGGCCGCUGGGCUGAGGUGCGAGGAGUGCGCGGCAGCUGAUUCGAGGAGCGGAUAUAAGUCAGACUACAGCAGAAAAUGUCCACUGAACGGACUUCGUGGACAAGUUUGUCCACUACUCAGAAAAUAGCACUGGGCCUCGGGAUCCCAGCCAGUGCAACGGUUGCCUACAUCCUAUACCGCAGAUACAGAGAAAGCAGAGAAGAGCGGCUGACGUUUGUUGGGGAGGACGACAUUGAGAUAGAGAUGCGAGUGCCCCAGGAGGCUGUGAAGUUCAUAAUUGGCCGGCAAGGAGCCAAUAUUAAACAGCUGCGGAAACAGACAGGUGCGCGGAUUGAUGUGGACACGGAGGAUGUAGGCGAUGAGCGGGUGCUGCUUAUCAGUGGUUUUCCUGUUCAGGUGUGCAAGGCCAAAGCAGCAAUCCAUCAGAUCCUGACAGAGACUGCCCCAGUGUCUGAGCAGCUCUCAGUUCCCCAGAGAUCUGUGGGCAGAAUCAUAGGGAGAGGUGGUGAGACGAUUCGUUCCAUCUGUAAGGCCUCUGGAGCCAAAAUUACCUGUGACAAAGAAUCAGAGGGGACAUUACUACUAUCAAGGCUUAUAAAGAUCUCAGGAACACAGAAGGAAGUGACAGCAGCCAAGCAUUUGAUACUAGAGAAAGUUUCAGAAGAUGAAGAACUUCGGAAGAGAAUCACUCAUUCUGCAGAAACCAGAGUCCCACGCAAGCAGCCAAUCAGUGUAAGAAGAGAGGAAGUGACAGAGCCAGGUGCAGCUGGAGAGCCAGCCUUAUGGAGAAACACUAGUACUAGCAUGGAGCAGCCUUCUCCGCUGGCAGAUCCUCCCUGCAAAGGAGGUGGUGACAUGGCUGUUGCAGGGCCAGAAGAAGGUUCCUGGGAGAAACCUAAUGGUGACGGCUUUCAGAAGUCUGGAGCCCAGACCAGUCCAGAGAUGUCCAUGUUUGAAAUCCCCAGUCCUGACUUCAGUUUCCAUGCUGAUGAGUUCCUAGAAGUCUACGUCUCUGCUUCUGAACAUCCUAACCAUUUCUGGAUCCAAAUCAUUGGCUCCCGAAGCCUGCAAUUGGAUAAGCUUGUCAAUGAGAUGACCCAGCACUAUGGGAAUAGUCUGCCUGACGACCUAACUGUGCAUGUAGGAGACAUUGUAGCAGCUCCUUUAUCUACAAAUGGUUCCUGGUAUCGAGCCCGGGUCCUUGGCACCUUGGAGAAUGGGAACCUGGACCUCUACUUUGUUGACUUUGGAGAUAAUGGAGAUUGCCCAGUGAGGGACCUCAGGGCACUCAGGAGUGACUUCCUAAGCCUUCCAUUUCAAGCAAUUGAGUGUAGUCUGGCGCAGAUCGCCCCCGCAGGUGAACAGUGGGAAGAGGAAGCUUUGGAUGAGUUUGACAGACUUACUCACUGUGCUGACUGGAAGCCCUUGGUGGCCAAGAUCUCUAGCUAUGUCCAGACUGGGGCCUCAACUUGGCCCAAGAUCUACUUAUAUGAUACUAGCAAUGGGAAGAAACUUGAUAUUGGGUUAGAAUUAGUUCGUAAAGGAUAUGCAGUUGAGCUUCCUGAAGACAUGGAGGAAAACAGAACUGUCCCAGGCAUGUUGCACGAUGCGGCCACAGAAGCAGCUGCCUCUCUCAGCAGCACGUUCACUGAGAGUAAGAAGAGCCCUGGAGAGAUGGCAAACACCCUGUCCUGCCUCAGCUUAUCAGAGGCUGCCUCUGUGUCUGGUGAUGAUAACCUUGAAGAGGACUACUUAAUCUGAAGUCUCUUCAGCUGCCUCGGCCAUCUGCUUUGCUUUGUGAGUGGAGCUAUCGUCUAUCCGUAG